AAGAACUUGCUGCCCUCUACAACCUGAACUUCUCAGCAGUCCAAAAAGUCACAACAUAUCAAUUUAAAUAUGGGGAUUCUGAGCAACCUAUCGAUCCUCCACCUACUCUGCACUGCUUUGGUCUUUUGUCAGUAUGAAGACUAUGAUUUUGAGGAUGAAUAUGGUGGGGAGCCAGAUCACCAACUUCCAUAUUAUUUUAACCCAAACGCCCAAGCUGAAGUUCCUCGUUUUCCUUUUCCAGUUGAGUGUGCCAAAGAAUGCUUUUGUCCACCAGCUUUUCCCUUAUCCAUGUACUGCGACCACCGGAAACUCAAGACAAUACCAAACAUCCCCAGCCAUGUCCAACAACUUUAUCUGCAAAACAACAACAUUGAAGCUGUGCCUGCAGGACCAUUCACUAAUGUUACCUUCAUAAGGGAAAUUAACCUCAGCUACAACAACAUUAAAUUCCAUAUGAUUGACCAUGGUGUUUUUGCCAAACUUUCACACUUAGUGCAACUUCAUUUACAACAUAAUGAAUUAGAGGAAUUUCCGUUCCCUCUGCCCAGCUCUCUAGAGAGACUCCUCCUUGCUUUUAAUAAAAUUUCCCGGUUACCUGCAAAUGCAUUGGAAGGAUUGCCCAACAUGACCACGCUUGACCUUUGCAAUAACUUACUUGACGACUCAGUAUUCAAAGAAAAACCCUUCUCAAACAUGAAAAAUUUAAUGCAGCUCAACUUAUGCAACAACAAAUUACAGACAAUGCCUCCUGACCUGCCACCAUCACUUCGGCAUCUUUCUCUUGAAAAUAACUCAAUUUCUCAUAUUCCAGAAAACUAUUUCCACAGACUUCCCCAUAUCAUUGCUCUAAGAAUGUCCCACAAUAACCUGCAGGACAUUUCACCCAACACCUUUAAUCUACCUAACCUUCUAGAACUUAAUCUUGGACACAACAAAUUGAAACAAGUAUUCUACAUUCCAAGAAGUUUGCAGCAUUUGUACAUUGAAGACAAUGAAAUUGAAAACAUCAACGUUACUGUGAUGUGUCCAACUCUGGACGCACUGAACAUCAAGCAGUUAACCUACAUACGCGUGGACCAGAACAAGCUCACAAGCCCCAUCAGCACCUAUGCCUUUUUCUGCUUCCCUCUCAUCAGAACCAUUUAUUAUGGAGAGCAAAAUGUCACUGUCAGCAGGCCAAGCCAGCUCAGAACACCGGUGUUCCGGCGGUUUCUAACACCAGAGGAAUUCCAGGAAGCAGAAGACAAUCAUGAAACGCUCAAUCAAGAAACCGAAGAAGAUCAUGAAGCAGAAGACAGCUAUUUUCAUCCUUACUAUCACUGA